AUGUCUGGACUUCCAAUGGCUGCCAUUGGUGCUGCAGGAGACCCUCGGGUCACGCCCGAAGGUCUUGACCAGGGUAGCUACCCAACCCGUAUCUUCGACAAGCUCCAUGAUCCCAGUAUUAGCAUUGAGGAGUACAUCUAUCACGCAAAACUCUCAAGAGCGGAGGAAGACAGGCUGUAUGGCCCAGGGAGUGACUUCGUUGCCACUUCUGGCCCGGUCACUUCCUUCAUCAAGAAGAACAUCCUGCGCAAGCGCGUGGAGGGCCGCGUUGUUGAACAACCUAGGCUCUCAAUCAGUGCUCAGGGCGAGGCGCAAAUGACCAGCGCCUCUUCUGACCAUUCGGGCGAGAAAAACGCAGAGAAGAAUGGCCUGGAUGCAGGCGACGGCAAGAACAAGUUUCAGCCCAUUCCUAUCUCUGACGAGGAAUGGAUACAAGCCUCCAGAGCUGCCCGAACGGCGACAUGGGGAGCUGUUUUCUAUCUGAUCACCACCGAUAUUCUUGGGCCAUUUAACACUGGUUAUGCCUUCUCUCAGAUGGGUCUUGGACCUGGUGUUGCGCUAUUCACCGUUUUUGGCGCGCUUGCUGGAUACACUGGCUACGAGCUUUGGCGCUUGUUCCUCCAGCUUGACAGCGACAGAUUCCCCUUGAAAGGUUACGGCGAUAUUGCAUUCCGUGUUUACGGGACAUGGUUUCGACACACCGUCAACGGACUACAGUCUUUCCAAUUCUUUCUCAACGUGGCGCUCAUUGUAUUGACCAGUGGUCAAUCAAUCAGUCAGCUGUCCAAGGGAAAUCUGUGCUUCAUUGUAUGCGUGGUUGUAUGCGCCAUCGCUGGAUGUGUUAUUGGUCAGAUCCGAACUCUGCAGAGACUAGGCUGGCUGGCUUCUUGCGCUGUGUUCCUCAACUUGUUUGUCAUUUUUGCGACUAUGGGUGUCAUGGCACAUAGCCCUCCCAACUACAAAAUUGCUCAAGCCCAGGAUCCCAACUUCGAUAUCAACAACCCAGCACCGAUUGUUGUUUCUGCUGGUGCCCCACCAGGCCUGAGUCUUGCCGACAAUGUCAACGGUCUGAUGAAUGCAGUCUUCAGUUUCGGUGGUGCCACCUUGUUCGUGGAACUCAUGGCAGAAAUGCGUCGGCCAAUGGAUUUCUGGAAGGGUCUCCUUGCUGCUGAUCUGUUGAUCUACAUCGCCUACAUGGUCUACGGUGUUUACUGUUACGCCAUGCAAGGACAAUACGUCUACAACUCAUCGUACCAAGGUGUUUCGCCUUACUCAUGGCAAACCGUCGGAAACAUUCUCGAGCUGAUUACCGGUAUUAUUGCUGCAGUGCUUUACGGAAACAUCGGUAUCAAGGUCUUGUACAACAAUAUUGGCCGAGACUUGUUCGGCGCACCUGUCCUUGAAAGCAAGAAAGGAAAAUGGCUCUGGGUGUGCAUCGUUCCUGUGUACUGGCUAUUGGCUUGGGUCGUUACCUCGUCAGUACCUCAAAUCACCACAUGGAUUGUUCUCGUCGGCGCGGGUUGCAUUUUGCAGUUCACAUACACGUUCCCACCAUUCUUGAUGAUGGGCUUCAAGGCACAGCGUGAUGCUAUACUACCAGAAGAGACGUUCAACCCAGCGACUGGUGAAGUUCGUCGUCUGGACUCUGGUGCCAAGCGCUGGAUUCGUGGGUUCAAGAAGGAGCUCUGGUGGAAUUUGUUCGAUCUGAUCUUCUACCUCGGUUCUUGCGUCACCUGCGUGCUCGGAUUGUAUGCUGCCUUCAAGACAAUGGUCAAGUCGUAUGAGACUUCGGACAACCUCUCGGCUUGGAGAUGCGCUUCUCCUGUCGGAUAA